AUGAUCUCUCUUUCAUCCGAUUUGGCCAUGUCUCGACCAAGGAAAUUGAAAGUAAAUAGGCCGCUCUUCUUCUUCAACCACCUCGACAGACAGGCCUUUGCCAAUGCAUACGUAGCUGGUUUGAAAGAGGCUCUUGACCUCCAUGGCAACCAGUACAAUGUUCUACUCUCAAUGACAUCGGCGGGAAUGCUGGUAGGACAAAUACCGAGUAGCAUCAUUAUCCACAAGAUCAGGCCUCGGAUAUGGCUUUCCUCAAUGGUAGUCACCUGGGCUGGUCUGACCAUGGCGAGUGCGGCUUGCAGGACAUAUUCUCAACUAUGUGCCGUUCGAUUCCUCAUGGGUGUAGCUGAAGCCAGUACUUAUACUGGAUCAAUCUACAUCAUGGGAUCAUGGUACAAGUCAGACGAAAUCGGCAAGCGAACAGCCAUGUUCACCGUUGGCGGACAAGUCGGAAAGAUGUUUGCUGGCGCCAUGAUGGCUGCUAUUCAUGAGUCUAUGGAAGGCCAUGCUGGACUCGCAGGCUGGCAGUGGGUGUUUCUAAUCGACGGCAUCAUCACUCUACCCGUUGCCGUGUUUGGCUUCUUUUUCUUUCCCGAUGUUCCAGAGUAUACUGAUGCUCCAUAUCUGAACGAGAAGGAACGACAACUAGCCUUGGAUCGAUUGCCGCCCAAGAGAGAGGAUGGCCAUAGUAUUCAAGCCUGGAGUCUCAUCAAGAGAGUUUUGGGGAAUCCUUUAGUAUAUGUCUUUUGCGUCUUGUCUGUUCUUGGUUCAGCACUGCAGUCAUACGUCGUCCAAGGACUUAUGCUACUUUACCUGAAGUUCCGCAAAGACAUUGAUGGAUUUACUCAAUCCGAAGUCAACACCCUACCCAUUCCAACACACGCCGUCGGUAUCGUCGCCGAGUUUUCUGUUUCAUUUGUAUUUGACAGAUACAACCAACGGAUGUCCCUUGGUUUCAUACUAUGUUUCAUCCAGAUCGUCUGCAGCAUCGUUCUUCUGAUCCCGAACAUGAGUGUACCAGGCAACCUCACAGCGCUGUACCUUUCAGCUUCAGCAUACGGAAUAGCCCCUCUGACGUACGGCUGGGCGAGUAAUAUCUUGGCAAGAACGGCAGAUGAUGCAGCGCGAAGUGUCACUUUGGCUUCCAUGUCGGCCGUGGACGGUCUUUUGUGGACGUUCUGGGGUAUUGUGCUAUUCCCAGCUGACGAUGCCCCGUAUUGGAGAAAUGGAUAUAUCGGGAUGAUUUGUGUCAGCGCGGCACUCUCUGGAUGGCUAUUUGUCGUUCGAUGGCUUGAUCGUUAUACGGCUGAAAAGUAUCCUGCUGAUGAGCAUGCGAGUGCAUCAUCUUUAGUGCCGACUCAGGUCAAUUACUCUACCAUGAGCGAAUCUGCAAAGGAAAAAGGAACAGCUUAG